AUGCCUCGCCAUCAUCUCCUACCUCUACCAUUCGGCCCUGCCGACCUCGACUUGGCGCCUGAUCUUCUUCCGGCGCUGCAUCAUGACGGCGCCUGGUCCAGCGGCUACCGUCAAAUUAUCCGCUACCUCGUAUCCAACUCCCUCUGUCGAGACUUGGACGCCGACUUGGACGCCAGACAGCAGGCCGAUACCGUUGCGUAUAGCACAUACCUGGCUGCGCAUGCGGCGCCCCUCAUCGACCUCUCGCUCUACGUCUCAGCCGCCAACUGGGCGGCGGUCACACGACCCGCCUACAGCGCCUUGCUUCCAUUCCCGUUGACAUGGACGAUGCCGACGCUGAUACGUGCCGAUGCUAUCAAGCGUGUGGAGCACAUGGGGCUCGCCGAACUCGACACCGACUUUGACCCGAACGGGGGAUUGCAUUUGUCGACCGGAAGGGAUGCCUUGCCCGAGUCCUUCAGGAGACACCUCCCUGCCUCGAGAGGGCGGAGGACGGUGAGAGAGGAGAUGAUGCCUGAGCAGGCCGUCGCCAUCAGACUGUUUGGGCUGGCCGAGGAUUGUCUCGCGGUUCUGAAUGCACUCAUGCGCGAAGGCAAGAGCGACGAGAAGCACCCCCGGUUCUUUACGACGACGCCUGUGUCCUCCCUCGAUUGCCUGGCCUGGUCAUAUCUCGCCCUCAUGGUCAAGCCUCAGGUACCACGGUCCUUCCUUCGGGAUUGGCUGCAAACAGAAACACCCCGAUUGUCGAACUUUGUGGAUGACAUGAUGCCGAGCGACCUUCCAUGGGCAGCGUCGGCGCAGACAACCUUUCUGGGCACCAGCGCUCGCACUCUAGACACCGUCCUGCGCCACGCCCCUGGUAUCGGUGACUGGUACGCUGGGGAGAUGCGACAGCGUGCCGAGAACGGAACCAAGGUCUUGGACCGGCGUGCCCUGAUGCUGUUCAUGGGUUGCGUCGUCACCGGUGUAGCCAUCGGCUAUGGCCUGUGCGUAUACAAGUCGCUCCAGCCGUUCGGCGCCAGGGCCCAAUUGUGGAAAGCCCAACAGCGAGGAUCUGGGCUGUCCCGGUACGGGGAGCUCGGCGCCAUGCUGAGCAGCGCCAUGGGGGCAUACGGAUCCCGACCAAUGUCACCGGCGCUGCCAGCAACCGGAAGACUCGUGGAAACAGACUCGGAAGUGGAGUAG